UGCUAUCUAUAGUGUAUAGUCAUCCUCCAAGACAAUAAUAGUCAAUCUUCUGCAAAACGUUGUUACGCAAUCUGUAAUUGAUUCGAUAUCGACGACGUUUUCUGUAUGACAGUGUCGUCUUAGUUUGGUUACAUCACCAACUGCUAAUUUCAAAGAGUGGUAAAUUUGUGAAGUGAAGAAAUUCUGAAAAAUGAAGCUUCGCCUUAAAGGAGAGGCAUUUGCAAAGCAAGUGCUAAUCGAAUUUGAUUCGAACAGCAUUACUGUUGAGGAGCUAAAAAUUCGCGUUCGAGAUAUUCUGCAGUUGCAUGAUGAUGACUUUCUAGGGUCAAUACAAUUCAGUAUGAAUGGAAAACAAGCUCUUUUAGCAGAAGAUACUGAAUUGGUUUCCAAUUUAGGCUUUGUAUCUGGAGAUGCAGUUUACAUCUUGGGGACAUUUUCAGGUACUAGAAAACCAAAGUUUCAGAAACUGAAUCCCAGUUCUUGUGAAAAAGAUCAGGAACAAGAAAAAUUUUCUACGUUCAUGGCAUCUGACAAGCAACAUAUAGCAAGUUUAGAUCUCAGUACUGCAUCAGAAAACAUUGAAGGAAUGAAUAAGCAAAGGAGAGAAAAAUUUGACAGGGAUUCUACCAUCCCAGAUUUUGAGAAACAUCACAUACCUUUAUUAGAUACCCCAAAUAUGUUGAUUCCUCAAACUUAUGCAAGAUUAAUUGCUUCAAAUUCACUAAGUGUCCCAUUUGAAUCAAAUCUUGAGAAGUUGGCUGGCAUACUUCAUAUAUUGAUGGUAGAAACUGGAUUUCAACCAGAAACAUGUAAAAGUUUUUCUGACCCAUUUUGUAACUUACCUGAUUCAUGGAAUGUGGUAAGUGAAACCCUGAGGCUAAACUACAAGACAGGGUCCCAAUCCCCAGCAACAAUAGUACUUUCAUCAGUAGGAUUACUGGUAAUUGUUUAUGGUAUUGGGUCAUCAUUAGGGAAGUCUCUGUCAUUGAAACUGAAGCCCAGUGAGUUUAUGCCACCUGUGGGUAGCAAACAUCUGAGACAAGUAUGCAUUGAUUUUAAAAACGAAAUCGCUUUUCCAUUGUACGUCCAUAUCGAGAGAGAAGCGAACGGCACUUGCCCUACCUAUUUUUCCAAUUUGCCACCGGAAAUCUCGUACAAUAUACUUCAGAGGCUUGAUUCCAAAAGCUUGUGUAGCCUGUCGAUGACUUGUCGGCUCUUUCAGCAUUUGGCAAGUCAAACAAGCCUUUGGAAAAAAUUGGCUUUGACAGAUUUUGGGAAGAAAAUUUCGAAUCGAGCGGCGUCCGAAACAAUAAACUGGAAAGAGUUGUACAAGGAUGAAUUUCUGAUAGAAAAGAAACAACGAGAGAUGUCGAAAUCAAUUCGUGACCACACAACAAUGCCGCGCCCCCGUGAGAUCUUCUUUCCUAGCCCAUUCUACAGCCCGCAAGUUUAUCCCGACGUCAAUGGAGGGCAUGAAUUUCCAGGAAUCAUGGGCGGUUAUUCCGAUUUGUAUCCAGAUUUAAGAGGUUUCGGGCCCCCAGGUCGUCGGCAACCAUUCCGCAAUCUUCCUGAUGGGGGAAUGGGAUUUCCACGACCACUUGGUAGAUUCCGUGGCUUUCCAAACAUUUAAUCUCAAGUUCGUGGUUAUCAUAUAUAAAAAUAUGACCUUUUACCAGUAAAAUAAUGUUGGAGGUAAUAUUCCUUCCUGAUCUAGAAUGUGUUGGAAAUUUGUAUUAUUGGAGUAAUUUAACAUACGCGUGCGGCUGAAAUCGUUUUAUUAUGGUCGCAAGCUCGCAACAAGGACACCGCAUCCAACAAACUUGUGUAUAACUAAGCGCUUGAAAUUUAGACGGAGUUCUAAUACACAAAAUUCGUCGCAGUCAA